AGCCCUUCUCUCUUUCACAGUAUCUGUUACCUCAGUCAGACUGAGGAUGCAUAUAUGUGGGAAAAAUAUCGACUUCCAGCCUCCCUCAUGUGACCUCUACCUCAUUUAGUAAUCUCUGACCCAGUAUCGGAACGUUAAACAGUUUCUCCGCUUUCCUGCCGUGAGAGACGCGCGGUGACAACCUCCGCUUCCGGUUGCCUCCGGUUGCAGAGUUGCGUGUCCUGAGAGGUCAGAUUGCCGUCAGGGAAAGGAUACUAGCACCUUUUUCUGUCCUAGAGCCAGCUUCCUUAAGUGGAGGUUGAUCUUCAUCAGACUUUUAGAUUCACUUCAGACACAGAUGGAGUCUCACUGUCACCCAGGCUGGAGUACGGUGGCACGAUCUCGGCUCACUGCAACCUCCAUCUCCUGCAUUCAAGCAAUUCUCCUCCCUCAGCCUCCUGAGUAGCUGGGACUACAGCCAUGGCACAUGGACAUGGACAUGAACAUGGACAUAGUAAAAUGGAACUUCCAGAUUAUAGACAAUGGAAGAUAGAAGGGACACCAUUAGAAACUGUCCAGAAGAGGCUGGCUGCACAAGGGCUAAGGGAUCCAUGGGGCCGCAAUGAAGCUUGGAGAUACAUGGGUGGCUUUGCACAAAAGGUUACCUUUUUUGAAGUAUUCUUUAAAGGAUUCAAAUGGGGAUUUGCUGCAUUUGUGGUAGCUGUAGGAGCUGAAUAUUACCUGGAGUCCCUGAAUAAAGAUAAGAAGCAUCACUGAAGAUAAUACCUGGAAGUAUCAUAGUGGUUUCUUAACUCUCCAAAAUAAGAUUUCUUCACUAUAGCCUACUUGUCUUGUUUGUCCCUUAAAAUAUAUUAGUAGGAUUUAAUAAAGUAAAAUAAAAUAUAUAUAUGCCAA